GGCCAUUGUCACCACUAUCGGCCCCACGAAGCUGCAGAUGGCCGUCAACCCGCUGAUCAUCAGCUCCGAUGGAGUUGAGCGAGUCGUGGCAGAGGAGACGCAGGCUGACCAUACCGCUGCCGUGGUGGCCAGCAUUUCCUGCAUUGUCCUCCUCAUUGUAUCCGUGAUCUUGGGCCUUUGGAUGAUGAGCCGCCAUCAGCGCAAACUCAUGGCUGCAAAGGAGCAGGCGGUGGGGAUUGACGUUAUAGAGGACUCGAUGUCUGUACAGAUGUCACCUUUGUCUAUGACAGCAAGAUCACCCAUCUCACCAAUGUCCCCGGAAAGGCUCACUGGCCGCUUUCCCCGUGCUGAAGGUGCACAACCGGGGAACGACGCAACUGAGCUUUUUCCGCAGCUCGAAAACUUCAAGAACGAAGAUGUCGAGCCAUCUACCCACUUCACAGUGGAUUGCUCCAAGAGCGCCGGCAUGUGCUGCAUUGGACCUCAAGCGUAGUUCACGCG